CCUUGGAGAUGGAGAUCAGGCUCCCUAGCCUCCAUGGACGUCCGCUGUUCGAGGCAGAGGAAGGAAGCAGACAGUCGACAUACAGAGGAAAUCAGAGAGGGACGCUGGUGCAGACAUGGACCUGCGCUCUGAGCUACUCAAGUCCAUCUGGUACGGCUUCACGGCACUGGAUCUGGAGAGGAGUGGAAAGGUGUCCAAGUCUCAGCUGAAGGUGUUGUCGCACAACCUCUGCACUGUGUUGUGCAUCCCACAUGAUCCAGUUGCUUUGGAGGAGCACUUCCGGGAUGAUGACCACGGUCCAGUCUCCAGUCAGGGUUACAUGCCCUACCUCAACAAAUACAUCCUUGAUAAGGUAGUUGAAGGUUCAUUCAACAAAGAAGAUGUGGAUGAGCUGUGUUGGACACUGACAGCAAAGAAAAACUACAAACCCAAUAGAAGUUCAAGCACAGUUCUGGCGGCGCGAGAUGCAUUUCGGCUUUGGUGCCUUUUUAACUUUCUGUCAGAGGACAAGUACCCUUUGGUGAUGGUCCCUGAUGAGAUGGAGUACCUACUCAAGAAGAUAUACACAGCAAUGAGUCUUGAGUUCAACUGUGUUGAACUGGAGGACAUAUUCUCCCAAGAUACGGUGCAGCAGAGAGGCAUCACUGUUUGGGUUUUCUUGGAGAUGAUGGAUACAGGAAAGGUGGCCAGAGGCAUUGAUAGGAGUGUUAUCAGCAUGGCUCUCGAGGAAGUAUACAUGGAGAUCGUUGGCGAUGUCCUCAAAGAGGGUUAUUUGUGGAAGAGAGGCCAACUCAGAAGAAACUGGAAAGAGCGCUGGUUCACUCUGAAGCCGGGCAACUUGUUCUACUACACUAGGGAGGACCGUAAGGAGUGCCAGGGCAACAUUGCUUUGGAUGGCAACUGCUGUGUGGAGGUACUGCCAGACCGCGAUGGUAAAAGGUGCAUGUUUUGUCUAAAAACACUCUCCAAAACAUAUGAGAUGAGCUCGUCAGACACCAAACAGAGACAAGAAUGGACAACAGCCAUUCAGAUGGCUAUCAGGCUGCACGUGGAGGGGAAGACGUCCCUCCACAAGGACUUAAAGCUGAAGCGGCAUGAGCAGCGUGAGCAGCGUGACAAGAGGCAACAGGCCAAAGAGGAAGAGCUGCAGAGGCUCUUGAGGGAGGCGCAGAAGCAGGCCCAGGAUCUCCUGGAGCAGGACGAAGAGAGGAGGCGCCAGCAGCAUGAGCAGCUCCAGCAGACCUUGGAGGUGCAGCUGCGGGAGGCCGAGGAGGUGCGAAUUAGCAUGCAGGCGGAGAUGGCACUUAAAGAGGAAGAAGCAGAAAGGCAGAGGAAGAGGAUCCGUGAGCUGGAGGAUAUGCAGAAGCAACAGGAGGAGGCACUGCAGCAGGAGAUUAGAGCCAGGCUGGAUGAGGAGGCCUUCCGCUAUGCUCAAGCAGGGUUACUUGCUGAGGAGGAGGAAAAAAUGAAGGCGCUGCUGACUCUGCAGGAGGAGCAGGAAGAGUAUAUCCUGAAGACACAGCGGGAGAAGCAGGAGCUGAAGCAGGAGAUGGAAGCCAAAUCCCGGGCCCUGGACGAGGCGCAGAGGCAGCUGGAGGAGGUCCGGGCCAACCGGCAUAGGGUUGACCAAGAUGUGGUGGCUGCUCAGAGGAAACUUUGCCAAGCGAGCACCAACGUCAAACACUGGAAUGUUCAGAUGAACAGACUGAUGCGACCAAUUGGGCCGGGUGAUAAAAGACCUUUGUUGGGAAGCUCCCUGUCAUCCUUCCAGAUUCCGAGCCAGAGAGAUCCUGGUCUGCAUCUCAGAAGGAUAUCGGGAUCCGAGGAUCGAAACGAGGAAUGUAAAGAAAAUGUCACCGAUGGCCGCAGUUGCGAUGCAGAUUUAGAGAGACGCAACUCCCACACUUCCAAUGGAGACCCAAACUUCCCCUAAAUGCAUGAGUCAUACAAGAUGCACUUCCAACCAACUGUUGGUAUUUUGACUGGACGGGUAGGUCCUUUAAAACUGAAGUGAGUGUUCAUCAAAUGUUUGAUAUUCUGAUUUCUUUUUUCAGUGUUUUUAAAUAUUUUAAUGAUACAUGCAUUUUUAACCAGUGAGAUCUAAUAUUGACACAAAGCACACCUCAGUGCCUUGUAUAAACAGAACUGAGAGCAAUUGCAUCACUGUCAUGUUAAAAUGCAGAAGAUGUACAUGCAGAAAAGCCAAUAAUGCUCAUCAGCAUUUCAUAUUUAGGUGUAGGAGGUGGCUUGAAUUUUCUGUGUAUAAAGAUAUAGUUUAUAUAUAUCGAUCGUAUCAUUUCCUUGAUACAACAUAUCACUUACAAACCCCAAUUCCAGUGAAGUUGGGACGCUGUGUAAAACAUAAAUAAAAACAAAAUACAAUGAUUUGCAAAUCCUUUUCAACCUAUAUUCGAUUGAAUACACAAAGACAAUGACAGGAUAUUUGAUGUUCAAACUGAUAAAUGUCAUUUAAACGGAUCUAUCUUUGAAUUUGAUGCCUGCAACAUGUUCAAAAACGGCUAUUAGAGUGGCAUGUUUACUCGUGGUGCAACAAUACGAAUCUGUAUUGAAUCGUUCAAUACAGUGGUCACUUUUCAGUACGCAGUAAAUGACAGUACGUCAUUUUAUAUUUACUGGAUGAACCUCUGACGAUGAGGAGCUGUGCUAAACUACUCUGCCUUAUGCCUUAUUGUUGAGCGCAAUGUAUUAUGCUGCUCCUCUCUCAUUCAUUUCGACCAAGGAAGGGUGCGUUUGUAAAUUCACGAGUCUGACCUCAGACGGCUGGACGUCGAGAGCUAUGCAGCUACUUGACUGUUGGGGCACUAUAUGACUGCAGAAUUAGAGAUGAAAAGCAACGUCCUUCAAACACACCCCCUCGACAGUCACACUACUGAUGAUAUAAAGGUCUGACAGAAGCUGUGGAGGUUAGUGACCAAGUGACCAAAUGUACAGGAAUACUGUAUCUAAAUUAAUUAGACUAUGGUAGGAAAGUCUGUUUCAGUACUCAUACAUUAUAUAACUUCAAUAAACACUUGGGAAAAUACUUUUUCGAAUGCCAAUUCCUGCCUAAUUUUGACAUUAAAAAAAAAAAUUGUUUCUUGAUAGUUUCUUCCAUAAUAUUCUAGUUUUUAGAGAUAGUGAAUUUUGGUUUUCAUGUAUAGGCUCCAGCAUGCUCGCGACCCUAGGGAGGAUAAGCGGUACAGAAAAUGGAUGGACGGAUUUGCUGUAAACUAUAAAUCAUGACCCAAAAUGCACGACUCCAAUUCAAAUGGACAGUUUCAAAAAGAGAGGUUUAAUAAACGGGCAGAGGUCGGUACGCAGGCCAUCCGAAAAGGCAACAGUAUCCAAAAACCGUGAGGCAAAAAGGCAAGGUCAAUAAUCAGAACAGGGUCUAGUCUUACUAUGAGUCGGUGACGUGGAAACAAGGAAUGCUAGAACUUGACCAGAAAGAAUGAGACACGAGGUUAAAUGCAUGGGGUAAUUAGGGUAAACGAGGCACAGGUGGGGAAGAUGCUCUCAGGAGCAGGUGUGUACAAGACAGGGGGAAGACAACAACCAUAACACACACCCAUGACAGACGUUGUGUUAAACAUAAAUAAAGACAGAAUACAAUGAUUUGCAAAUCAUGUUCGACCUAUAUUUAAUUGAAUACACUAAAAAGACAAUAUAUUUAAUGUUCAAACUGAUAAACUUUAUUGUUUUUAGCAAAUAAUCAUUAACUUUAAUCAUUAAGCUGGGACAGGGUCAUGUUUACCACUGUGUUAGAUCACCUUUUCUUUUAACAACAUUCAAUAAACGUUUGGGAACUGAGGACACUAAUUGUUGAAGCUUUGUAGUUAGAGUUCUUUCCCAUUCUUGCUUGAUGUACAGCUUCAGCUGUUCAACAGUCCAGGGUCUCCGUUGUCGUAUUUUACGCUUCAUAAUGCGCCACACAUUUUCAAUGGGAGACAGGUCUGGACUGCAGGCAUGAAAGUACCCAUGCCAUUGGCACUAACACAGCCCCAUACCAUCACAGAUGCUGGCUUUUGAACUUUCCGUCCAUAACAUUCCGGAUGGUUCUUUUCCUCUUUGGCCCGGAGGACACGACGUCCACAAUUUCCAGAAGCAAUUUGAAAUGAACACUUUUCCACUUUGCAUCAGAUGAGCUCAGGCCCAGAGAAGCCGGCGGCGUUUCUGGGUGUUGUUGAUAAAUGGCUUUUGCUUUGCAUUAUAGACUUUUAAAUUGCACUUACGGAUGUAGCGCCGAACUGUAUUUAUUGACAUUGGUUUUGUUCCUGAGAACCAUGUGGUGAUAUCCUUUACACGUUGAUGUCGGUUUUUGAUGCAGUGCCGCCCGAGGGAUCGAAGGUCACGGGCAUUCAAUGUUGGUUUUCGGCCUUGCUGCUUACAUGCAUUGAUUUCUCCAGAUUUUCUGAACCUUUUGAUGAUAUUAUGGACCAUAGAUGAUGAAAUCCCAAAAUUCCUUGCAAUUUUACGUUGAGGAACAUUGUCCUUAAACUGUUCGACUAUUUUCUCACAAAGAGUUGAACCUCACCCCAUCUUUGCUUGUGAAUGACUGAGCAAUUCAGGGAAGCUCCUUUUAUACCCAAUCCUGGCACCCACCUGUUCACAAUUAGCCUGUUCACCUGUGGGAUGUUCCAAACAGCUGUUUGAUGAGCAUUCCUCAACUUUCUCUUUUUUGCCACCUGUUCCAGCUUUUUUGGAACGUGUUGCAGCCAUAAAAUUCUAAGUUAAUGAUUAUUUGCUAAAAUCAAUAAAGUUUAUCAGUUUGAACAUUAAAUAUCUUGUCUUUGUAGUAUAAUCAAUUAAAUAUAGGUUGAACAUGAUUUGCAAAUCAUUGUCUUCUGUUUUUAUGUUUAAUGUCCCAACUUCAUUGGAAUUGGGGUUGUAUAACUAUACCUGUGAGUACUUGACAAUGCCAGUAAUAUACUGCAGAUAAUGCUAUCACGGCUGCUAGGCUAGUUAUGGUAUAAAUGUUAUUUUCUAAGAAGCUAUUAAUUUGUAAAAUUAAUUAAUUUGUUGCUAAAAAUCCACCACAGAUGAUGGGUGAUUUCUCCAUCAGAUACAUUUGUUUUUUUAUUGAUAUAAUUUAUUAUUUUUACAUGUUGGUAAUUUCAAUAAAAUACGUUUAAAAAAGGCAGAACAUUUCAUUUUGUAUCGAAAAUAUAUCAAACAGUGAUUCUUAAGUGUCAUCGCUUCACCUCUACUGUUUACCUCUGGGUUAUGUCACCUUUUCUUUUAACAACACUCAAUAAGUGUUUGGGAACUGAGGACACUCAUUGUCGGAGCUUUGUCGGUGGAAUUCUUUCCCAUUCUUGCUUGAUUUACAACUUCAGUUGCUCAACAGUCCGGGGUCUCCGUUGUCAUAGUUUGCACUUCAUAAUGCACCGCACAUUUUCAAUGGGAGAUAGGUCUGGUCUCCAGCAGGCAUGCCAGUCUAGUACUCACACUCUUGUACUACGAAGCCACGCUGUUGUAACACGUGCAGAACGUGGCUUGGCAUUGUGUUGCUGAAACAAGUAGGGAGGUCCCUGAAAAAGGUGU